AUGCCUUCCAUAAUAUGCAGACAGUCCACAAAGACGGGCUGUUGCACACUCGAAUCAUAUAAUGCCGGCAAAGAUCGAUUUCGUGCUGUAGCUCAAGGACUACCAUGCCCUUCGCCUUUCCGAACUUUUUGCUGUUCGAAGAGCUAUCCCCAGUGGCAAGAAAUCGACAAGAAGAUCGUGGCAAUACUAGACAAAUACAACAUCCCAUGGCGGGGGAUUAGUAUCUAUUGGAAAUACCAGAUAGGACACUAUGGCAAUGGGAAAGAUACUUGGGAUAUCAGUUGUAUCGGCAAUGAUACUACACACUUCAAAUCCGCGGCGUUAGAAGUAGAGCAACUUGUGAUAUCGGCUGGUGUACCGAAAGAAGAAGUCCAUGUCGAAUUGUCCAACGUGGAACGCCUUUAUAACCAUGAACCGUACUGCAUACCCGAUGACCAGUCACUGAUGGCAACUAUCAUCGAUAUACAGCCAAAGGUUGUGAAAGCCGUCCGAGAGCAUAUUCCAAAGAUCUGGACAUCGAUUGCAUAUCACAUGCGUGGGCGUCGGGGCUGUGAGGAACAUGAGAAGAAGUCCACUAUAAUCAUCUUCUGCAAGCCAAACUCUCAACAAGACUGGUUGAAAAUUGAAGCUGCAAUAGCUGCGGAUCUUAGAUCCAACGAGCAUUCAGAUGUUGUACUGCAUCUAGAGUUUCUCCCAGGGCAGGUAGAGAGAGCCACGCCUUCACAGAUUACUCACAAGAACGACUUCUUUCCGGAUCCCCACCGUCGAGGUCCACCAGGAAAUCUCACAGAAAAGCCUCGGAACGGUGUAUCCAUUGGACUUCAGGCUGAGCACAAGCCUUCCACAUCGGGCGCUCUUGGAGGCUGGGUGGGAAUUCAAAUGCCAGACGGUCGAUAUGGCAAAUAUAUUCUCACAACAUACGACCUUGUCCGGAACGGAAGUCGAGCUCGUCGCGCCCUCAAUGACUAUAAUGCGCCUAGAGAUACAGACGCGACGAGGGAAUUUCUGGAACGGAUGACUGGUGAGAAGACCGAUGUCCGAGUUGAAGAAGAACGUCGUCUGUUGCGACUCGUUGAUCAGCUCAAUAAAGAAGGUAUUAGAUAUGUCGUCCAUGCUUCUGGUCAGCGAGUUGCCGCAAACAGCAAUAAAACCUUGGACUGGGCACUGAUUGACUCGCCCUCGACAUUUCAGCAAAAUCUCGCACCGUACAGACAUUCCCCUGACUACCUUACGGUCUCCCUUACGGUCUCCGAACUUCUGUAUAACGUUCGGAAAGGGGACUUCAUCAAGGAAAUUUCAUCUUACCAACCAGGAGAUCAAGUCGCGAAGAACGGCCGGUGUCCAAUAAGCCAAGGUCAAGUCAAUAGAUUCCCGCGCCGUAUCCGUUGGGAUGAUGGAAGUGAGACUUGUGAAGACGAGGUCCUUGGUGAUCGUAGUCCUUUUGCUUAUAGAGGUGAUAUCGGCUCGUGGAUCCUGCUGACAGACUCCUAG